CGUUUGGCAAGGGCUUAUUGCAUAUUGGUUACAAGAGCAAAAUAAGUCCCGUAGUGAAACUAAUUCUCAAAAUCGCAAGAGUGAACGCGGAGGCUAUGGCAUGGCUAAACAUACUUGUGGAUCAAUGCCAUAUGUCCGGAAAAAGGAAAAAAUGCGUAAUCCCGAAACCGGUGAGUAUCCCGAUAUGGUGACAUUCAUGGAGGAGACUCACAAACGGAAAUCGGACGGGACAUUUGUUGAUAAAAAAGCUGAGGCAAUAGCUCGUCGAUGUCGGGAGAUGGAGAAAGAGAAACUCACACAAUUGAGUCAACAAUCAGACACGCCCGAUGAUUAUCAACUCACCCAAGCAGAAAAAACGAUAUUUUCCGAUCGCAAGUUGAAGUUAAAAAAGGACGUAGAUUUGGAUACGGUUCCAUUCCGUAUGACGAAGACAUGGGCGGAAGUUCGUCGUAUUCACAUGCACACGUGAAUUGUCAAGCAAACGCAGCCGAAAUCAUCGAGUUGAAGACUCAAUUAAAAGAUUGUAAGUUUUGGAUGGAUAUGAUGGCCCGUCUUCAUCCCGACAUCGUUCCGCCUUCUCGCCAAGAUCAACCCGGAAAUCAAAAUGAAACAAAUAACGUUGACACUCUAUUUGAUAAUAUAUAAUAUUCGCGUUUGUAAUAAUUUUUAGU